AAAAACCAUCGGAUGUGCAAUCGCUAGCACAGUUUAUUUUUUCGUAGCACAGUCCGAAAAUUGCCGCAGUUUUUUUUAUUUGCAUCAUAGUUUUAAAAACAGGCUAUCACAGUUUGCAAACGUUGUACAAUGUCUGCAAAGCGGCAAGCCACAUCCAAUCUCAACCAUGAGAACUGGGAUCAGGAGGAGGAGCCCGAGCAACGCGGGACGUUUAAGACAGCCACCCAAGAAGAACUGAACUUGCGCGUUAUCAAAAAGGCACGCCGCAAGGUUGCCGGCGCCGGCAAAGACGAGACUGCAAGCGAAACGAAAAACGUGUUCAGUGGAUUUUCAGGUUUUGGUAAGCCGGCGGCAUCCACAUCGUCCCCCUAUGCAUUUCUGUCCAAACUGCCAGCAUCAACCAGCGAAGUGGGCACAACAUCAUCGCAAUCUACAUUCUCAUUUCUGGGAGGUGGCGAUAGUGCAAAGCCAAAAAACGAGGCAGCGCCAGCGGGAACAUUUUCUUUUGGCGCCAAGAAGGAAGCAACAAGUACAUCGUCAUCCUCCACCCCCUCCUCUAUAUUUGGCAAAAUAGGCAAUGAGCCGGCGAAAUCCAUAGCUACUCCAGCCGCAUCCACGUCUAUGUUUAAAGCCUCUGUGCCAUCGGAGAAUGCUCCAGUAGUAGCAAAAUCAUCAUCUAGUAAUAGCCAGCCUUCAUCUGAGUAUCGUGAGAAUGUCGCCGAUUUGAAUCGUGGAAUAAUUAAGUUUAUCAAAGAUAACAUAGACGAGAAUCCGUACUGUAUAUUAACGCCCGUCUUUGAUAAUUACAACAAACACCUAGAAGAGCUGAAGGAUGAAGAGGCGGCCAAAUCAGGCAAAACAACAUCUACUUCUUCAUCAGCAGAGACUGCGCCAAGUUUCAGCUUUGGAAAGCCCUCCAAUCCGAUUGGUGGCUCGACACAACCGUUACUCUUUGGAAAGAAACCAAAUUGUACAAUUACCAGUGGAACAUCGACCACCCCAGCCCCCAAGCCUUUGUUUUCCUUUGGCCAAUCAACCACUAGUAGCACAUCCACCACAACAUCAACUACAACAAGCAUAUUUAGUCUCUCCUCCUCCACGCCGGCCACAUCUGCGAGUGCAGAUGCCACUAAGCCUGGUUUCUUUAGCCUUGGACGCAAAGACGAUGCAACAUCGCCGCCUAAAACUAAUGGGUUCAGUUUUGGCUUAAAAACAGACGGUGAUGAAAAGCCAAGUACUUCAGGGUUUUCUGGUUUUGGUAAACCGGCAGCAGCAUCCGAAGGAGCUCCAGCAACAGGUUUCUUCUCCUUUGGCAAACCCGCAGAAACAGCACAACCAACGGCUGCAGCCACUGAAAACGAGGAAGAAGACACCCCACCCAAGGUGGAAUUCAAGCAGGUCGUUGAGGAUGAUGCGGUAUACUCCAAGCGUUGCAAAGUGUAUGUCAAAAAUAAAGAUAAAGACUUUGCAGAUCGUGGUGUGGGCACUCUUUUCUUGAAACCAGUCAAGGAUUCGGAGAAGACUCAACUUCUGGUGCGAGCUGAUACCAAUUUAGGCAACAUCCUGGUCAAUCUAAUUCUGAGCAAGGGUCUGCCCGCCGAACGCAUGGGCAAAAAUAAUGUUAUGAUGGUAUGUGUACCCACUCCGGAAGAGUCGAAGGCCACCACUAUGCUGCUGAGAGUUAAGACAGCCGACGAUGCCGAUGAGCUAUUGGAUCAGAUAAAGCAACACAUUAAGUGAAAACAGUUUCUGCAUUGCAUAUACAUACACAUAUACACGCAUUUUUGUAUCAUUUUUA